AUGCACACGGCUCUCACCUCGCGAGCGAUCGCGGCACCGCCGCGCGGCGCCAAGGCGCAUCGUCGCCGACGGAUGAGGGGCGCCGGGACGACGGCGCGCGCGUCGUCAUCGGGCCGCACCGGCGACGACGACGCCCCCGAUCGAUCAUCGUCGUCGUCGCGAUCGAGGAACGACGGGGGCUUCACGCGCCGCGCCGCGCUCGCGGGGUACGCGCUCUCCCCCGCGGCUCUCUCCUUCCUCGCCGCGGCACCUCCGUCCGCGCACGCCAAGCUGGACAUCAUAUACGACGGCGAGCUCCAGACCGCGUACACGUUCCCGGUGCAGCUGCAGGUCAUCGCGCUCCGCGGAUCGGUGGCGUCGCAGUGGGAGGGCGAGUUUAACAAGACGAUGCUGGGCAAGGGGAAGGCGUCCGUCACCACCGCUAUUUCGCCCGGCGAGAUGUUCGACGAGCUCCUGCGCACCGCGCCUCCACCUUCGUUCCCGGGCGGGUACAUAUCCCCCGCGGACUACAUCGCCGGCAAGAGACCGCCGCCCGGCGUCCCGCCCCCGCCGCCGCCGCCGUCCAACAAGGACAAGAAGAAAUCCAAGGGCGCGCCAAAGUACCUCAAGGCGGACGUCGUCAGCGUCGGCGACGAGUUCCUCGCCGCGGCGGUCACGCGCGGACUGGUGUUACCCCUGGAUCCAUCCGUGGUUCAAAACGAGUGGUACGCGCGGCUGCCGUACGCGUGGAGGGAGCUCGCGACCAGGGACCCGAGGACCGGGUACCCGUCCGCGCCGGCGCCACCCGCGCCCCCCGGUCGAUACCCAAACACCACCGCCGUCGUGUACACGAACGGAGACCCCGACCAAACGGCCAAACCGGCGAUGUACGGCGUGCCGUACCGGUGGGGGUGCACGCUGAUCGCGUACAGGAAGGAUAAGCUCCCGGCGUCGCUUCGGGAACGCCCGCCGCGAGACUGGGAUGACCUGUGGCGACCGGAGUUUAAGCGGAGGGUGGGGAUGGGGUCGGGGCCGAGGCAGAUGCUCACCGCCGCGCUGCGCGCCGAGGGGAUGAGCGCCAACGCGGACGGGUGGGGCGGCGGCGGGAACGUCCGGGCAAGGCUCGAGUCGCUGCGACGGGAGCAGCUGCUGAUCCAGGACGACGUGCAGUACCUGCAGGCGCUCGGCAACGGUGACGCGUGGAUCGCCGUCGGUAACUCCGACGACGUCCUGUCCAUGGCCAGGAAGUCUUCGCUGAUCGGGGUUGUGGUACCGAUGUCGGGGACGACGCUGUUCGCGGACGUGUGGUGCGUGCCCGCGAGCGCGGCGCGGAAACCGGGCGGGGUCAGCCCCUUGACGAACCAGUGGUUCGACUACACCACCCAGCCGGCUCGAGUGAACCUUCGGGUGGGGCUGCGAGGCGGGGUGUCGCCGAUCGUGUUCGACGGCGGCGGGAUAGACUACGCGUCCAUAGGAAUGAACGGACCCACCGGCGGGUUCGUCGAUUACGACGCCGCCGGGGACAAGAACGGGACUCGCGGGAUGGGCGCCAAGAUUAAGGAUUUCCUCAGCCGAGACGAAAAGAACCGCGGCGGCGAGAUCAUGCAGGGCGGAAUGCCCCCGGACGAGGUGUGGGCCAGGAGCGAGUUCCUCUACCCCCUCUCGCCGCGCAUCAAGGAUCAGUACAACGAGCUCAUGCGCGAGUGGGCCGCGGAGGCUUCGACCAGGAAGCCAUCUGGCUGGUCCACUUUGAAGAUUUUCUGA